GACCCCGGGCCCCAACCGCCAUCGGGGGCCCCCGACCGGCUCCUUACAGCCCCCCUGAGGGCUUCCUGCCGGGUUACAGAGGGGUCCCCACCAUCCUGKCCCUGUUGGUGCUGCUAAGGGCUCCUGUAUCUCCUAGCUGGUGUCAGACGAGGGCCUCCCGGGCCCGUUGUCCUCACUAGGAAACAUGGAGUUUGCGGAGCUCAUCAAGACCCCCCGCGUGGACAACGUGGUGCUGCACCGCCCGUUCUACCCCGCCGUGGAGGGGACGCUGUGUCUCACUGGCCAUCACCUCAUUCUCUCCUCGCGGCGCCAGGACGACGCUGAGGAGCUCUGGCUGCUGCACUCCAAUAUCGACUCCAUUGAGAAAAGGUUUGUGGGCUCCCUGGGUACCAUCAUCAUAAAAUGUAAAGAUCUGCGCAUUAUUCAGCUGGAUAUACCUGGAAUGGAGGAGUGCUUGAACAUUGCUAGCUCUAUUGAGGCUCUUUCCACCUUGGAUUCUGUCACYCUCAUGUAUCCGUUUUUCUACCGGCCCAUGUUUGAAGUUGUUGAAGAUGGUUGGCGCUCUUUCCUACCCGAGCAAGAAUUCGAGCUUCUCAGUUCACUGACAGAUGAAUGGCGUCUGAGCUGCAUCAAUAAGGAAUUCUCUGUCUGUCCUUCCUACCCUGCCGUCGUCAUUGUCCCCAAAUCCAUUGAUGACGAAGCGCUUCGGAAGGUGGCCGUGUUCCGCCACGGCAGUCGCUUCCCCGUCCUCAGCUAUUAUCAUAAGAAGAAUGGUAUGGUAAUGAUGCGAAGCAGCCAGCCUCUUACAGGUACUAAUGGGAGACGGUGUAAAGAAGAUGAGAAGCUGAUCAACGCCACGCUACGAGCAGGCAAGCGGGGCUACAUUAUUGACACGAGGUCCCUCAACGUCGCCCAGCAGGCCAGGGCCAAAGGAGGAGGUUUUGAACAGGAAGCUCACUAUCCCCAGUGGAGGAGAAUUCACAAGUCCAUCGAGAGGUUCAAUAUUCUGCAGGAAAGCCUCAUCAAACUGGUGGAAGCCUGUAAUGACCAGUCACACAAUAUGGACCGUUGGCUCAGUAAGCUGGAGGCCUCCAACUGGUUGACUCACAUCAAGGAGAUACUGACUGCAGCUUGUCUGGCCGCUCAGUGUAUUGAUAGGGAAGGAGCAUCGGUCCUAGUUCAUGGGACUGAAGGAACCGAUUCUACGCUGCAGGUGACCUCUCUGGCACAGAUUAUCUUGGACCCCAGGUGCAGGACCAUACGUGGCUUUGAAUCACUUGUUGUGAGAGAGUGGCUUCAGGCUGGCCACCCUUUCCAGCAGCGCUGUGCCCAGUCAGCCUACUCGAACAGCAAGCAGAAAUGGGAAGCCCCGGUGUUCCUGCUCUUCUUGGACUGUGUGUGGCAGAUCCUGCGUCAGUUCCCCUGCUCUUUUGAGUUCAACGAACACUUCCUCAUCAUGCUCUUCGAACACGCUUACGCUUCCCAGUUUGGGACCUUUCUGGGCAACAACGAAAACGAGAGGUCUAAACUGAAGCUGCAGCAAAAGACUAUGUCCCUGUGGUCGUGGGUGAACAGGCCCCAGGAACUGAACAAAUACAAGAACCCUCUUUUUGAGGCCAACAGUCUGGUCAUCUGGCCCUCUGUUGCCCCGCAGAGCUUGCAGCUCUGGGAAGGUGUCUUUCUCCGAUGGAACAGGUCUUCCAAGUUCCUCGACGAAGCCUACGAAGAAAUGGUCACCCUUAUAGAAUACAACAAGCAACUUAAGGCAAAGGUUAAUGCACUGAGGAGGCAGCUAGCAGAGCUGGAGACGGAUGAUCGGAUGCAGGAGAACGCCUGAGCUUGCAGGGCUCUGGACUCGGGGGUUUCCUUUCAACUCCUCUUUACACUAAAGACUCAACAUGGAAAGUGCAUGUGUUGCAGAGCUCUCUGGUGCAAUGGAUCCUCAGUCCCCUCACCGCUGACACCUUCACACUAUGUACACAUCCCUGYUUUUUUGGGGGGAGAGAUCAGUUUUGUUUACAGAAGACGUACACAACCAGGCGUGGUGUCCCCUCCUGGCAGCUUUUCUGGCUCUAGUAAAUGGUGURUAGUGUCGGGAUAAGCUGGAGCUCUCACCUCUGUCCAACUCUGGGGAUCACCAGGUUGGGCCAAGAGCCAGGAUGUUUUGAAUUUAUUUUGGACUUUUUUUUGUUAAACUCUCCAAGCACUCCCUUGGCAGGAAUAAAAUACAAAGUCAGAGAUCGGUAGAUAAAGGCAUUUUGUCCAAAAGUACCUUUUUCCCCCCCUUCCAAGGGUAGCUAAGGCAGCUUAGUUCUUCAGUUUUUUGGAAAAAUCUUGAACUUUUAGUUAAAUCACACCAUUUUUUUUAUGUGUUUGCAUAAGACUUUGUGUUAAGCAUUGGCUUGGGAGCAGUAACUUAAAUUUCCAAGCUGGAUAAAAAAUUUCAGUGCAAUACAGAAUUAAGGUAGGGGUUCUGCUGUUAGCAGGUAACCCAUGAGCUUCAGGUGGAAUUGGGCCUCACGAACAAAUCUCUCUUGACAAAUAACCUUUUUCUUUUUUUUUUUUUUUUUUUUAUUCCUGCUUGGAAAACAGAGGUUAAGUAGCUGGCAGAGGUGUUCACUGGCUGAGCAAAGCAGUGACUUGGACAUGUCCCUUUAGCUAGAGCUACGCUGAUCUUCAAGCUUCUGGUUGCACUGGCUGUUUUCGUAAGUUUAAAUAGAUUCACGUCACUGUUAGGGUGAAAAAAAAUGUACAGUAGCUCCUAACUUAAGUCUCAGCAGAACAUUUGUACUCCAGGUGUGUUCUUUUUUCCCUUUCAUGUGCAUACUAGGUAUUUUAUAYGUUAAAAAAAUCAAAAGCAAAAGAUAGAAGUAGGUCUGAUCUAACAUAUCAGGUAUCUUUUGCUGAUCAAGAAGCUAUCACUACAAAAAUGCUCCCUUGUUUAGAUCACUUCUAGCUGCUUAAACUAUUUAAAAAUAUUAGGGAUCAGCUGUUUUUCAAGUUAAAUGUCUUCUGUAGCUGUUCUUUGUGUCUGCAACCUGCCUCUUAAUUCUGAUCUUUACUGGARACUUUUUUUUCCUCCUUUAAUAACGCAGUCAAGAAUAAGUCUGAAAUACUUGUCUAGACACUUGCUCAAUUGAUUCCAUUGCUGGCUUUAUAUGACCAAGAAGAUGUGAAUUUAAGAUGGAUCAUGUGGCUGGGACUGUUUCACAAGUUCCUUGCUGUUAGCUGCUUUCUUCUGAAAUGAAAGGAGCUGCAUUAGGUCAAUAUUGACUUCUUUGGAAAGUGUUGAACUAUCCCCAGCCGUGGCAUUUUGUGUUUUGGAACAAAGAUGCCUUUAUUUAAAAGCUGCUUUUACAGAAAURUGUGUGUGUGUAUAUACCUGUAUGRGAAUGGARGGUAUUUAGUUGUCUUAAAAGUAUCUGGAGAGGAAUUGUCUACAAAAAUCCCAUGACCUGUAAAAUAAGUGUUCCAUAACCAGGAAAUCAUUUAUGUAAAAUGACUUGAUAGUGAUUUUUAAUUGCUACCUUAAUGCCUUUUAUUUCAAUCCUUGUUUCCUUAAGUAUUUUCUUCUUGACUAGCCUAAACGUGGUCCUAAAGYGCUCCUUUUUGGUUUUGUUGCUUUUUUCUUUCUUUGCCCUUAAGAGUUAACCUGCAUGGUUUCAUUUUACAAGGGCUGCUUCAGAAAGAGAUCCCCGUUGAACAGAAACAGCCKUAGGGCGGUCAAAUAAUUCCCACUCAUUUUAAUACCAGAUAUAUUUGGAGAAGGGCACUCCUGUUCACUAAAUCAAGAUUGACAGAAGGAAUAGUUCUCAGGGCAGUUUAGUGGCCGCCGUUACAUAACACAUAGACRCAGGUUGGCCCUGCCUUCCUCCCGCUGCCAGCCCCUGAUUUUGGAACCGUCUUUCAAGUAUUUAUGCGAAGCAGGCCCUUGAAAUGACUGCUUGUACCCUUUAAAGUGAUGGCUGUGCUGUCUGCACCUGCCUCGGUGUAGGAUUCCCAUCCCAGUCACAAUUUCUGCCGUGCCUCUAAGCCUGAAACGCGCCGUUACUAGUCAGAUGAGGAUUAAGAAGGGACUUUUUUUCUCCUCUCUCCAGUAGACUAUAUAUAAAAUAUGUAAAGGUUCUGUAGAUUCCUAACAUAGUAAUUAUGCAUUGAACUAAAUAAUAGAGAAGCAAGGAGGUUUUUUGAUGUAAUUGCCUGCCUGUUCCAGCCUCUCCUGCAAGCUGCGUGUGUGUGAGGAAACUGAGUAAGCAGCUGUGACAGCUAACUCAAGGCAGAGCAGUCUUUGAGCUGCAUUUCAUCGUCCACUCAUGUUUCAGGGCUCAAUACACCCCCGAGUGGUGUGUGUUUGCCUGGGCUCAGUGGCMGUGUGGAUCACUUAGCCUUAAAGCUAAAUAUUAGUGUAGUUCUGAACAGCGAGUGGCUCUCCUGCUUUUCUGCCUUACUACACCUUGUAUUCCCAACGAAGCGCCAGCGUUGGAGGCUUUAUUUCCAAACAGACACCUUCCAGAGGUGCUGGAGUUAGGAUGGGAUGCUCAGACUGUUGCAGGUGCUCCUAGGAGAAGGUGCUUCCCAGAUUGUGUGGUGGCCUCAUCGCGUGGUCCCUCCGGACCUUUCCAUCUCCAGUGCCUUCCAGGUUGAGGCUGAUGCUCUUUGCUUCCCUGCCCCUCCACAACCUUCAUGCUUAAAGAUCCACCUAACAAGCUGCUCAUAAAGUCCCCUGAAAACACUUAGGGUCAGUCGAUGUGGACACUGCCAUUUACCAAAAAGAAAAACAUGAAAAAAAAGGGAAGAGGAACUAACUUGCACAGUUUUCAUGAACAYAAAGGGAAAUAUACCUGCAAAAUGUUGAUUGUAUUGCUCUCUUGAAUGUGGCGAUCUGUUGAAGUGCACUAUUGUCCAUGUUGCAUAUGAUAUAACUUAAAUUGCACUGUAUAGCGUAUUGGCGUCUCACGUAUGCUUUGCUAAAGCCUUGGAAARUGCUGUCGUGCACAGGUUCCUGCACGAGGGAAAAUGUCUCUGCUGGCAAUUCCACUUGGUUUGUAACUGUGUGACACUGAAUAGCACUAUGUGUAAAGUCAUGUGUACUAUAUAUCUGUUAYCUGGUUCAGGACAUAGGUGGAAUGCCUUUCUGUCCAAACAUCUGGAAUUGCUAAUUGGACUUGGCUGCUGCUUCAAACUUGAUUUAAAAUCAAAUAAUUAACAGGGUUGGGAGCUGUGUGCUGCUGUUAGAACUAUGUUGUGUGUGUACAGCAUCCCAGCCCCUGUUGUGGUGUUGAAUAUAUUGUGAAAAGGUAACAUUGAGGACAAAGGAAGAAGCUGUAACACCUACAAUCGUUUAUCCAUUUCGGGGAAAUAACAGAUAUAAAACGGCUGUAAACUUUUGCUG